AUGUUGUCGUUCAGAUCAACGACUCACUCAUUCAAAGGUGAGUGCCCGGAUGUUACAGCACUAUGGGUUCUACCCCUACAGCGUGACACAGCAGCAUGUAUCAGCACUGGAGGCAGCAAGGCAGACACACUCAUCACAGCAGCCAACGUUGUCAUUCAGAUAAACUAUUCGCUCAUCCAAUCUGAGAACUUCUGGGCGUCAUCGCGCACGCUCCUGGGCCACGACUUUGAAACGGAAUUCCUCUACCGAGCCACCCUUACUGCCCCGGGCGGCAUCGGCGGGCUGCCGCCCACAGAAGUGGUUUACUUCCUCACUUUCCUUGCUGCAGUUACCCCAUCUAUGGCAGCCCGACAACCUGCUGCUACAAAUGCAUCCAACACCACCACUCCUCCCACCAUCCCACCUAUCUUUUCUGCUAACGCUACAGCCUCUCCCAACGCCACCACUCCUCCCGGCAUCAACGUCACAGCAGCAAGCAACACCACCGUUCCUCCCAUCCUCCCCAUCGACCCCCCCAGCAGUACCACAGCCCGCAGCAGCAGCAGCACAGUGAGCAACAUCCGCGCUGAAAACACCACCACCACAGAUAGCAGCGACACCACAGCUAGCAGCAACACCACUGGAACCCAGCCUUCUCCCCAGCCUUCUCCCCAGCCUUCUCCCCAGCCUUCCAGUCUCUCCUCCCCAGCUGCAAGCAACACAACCUCCUUGCAGCCUCAGCCGUCCUCCAUCUUCCCCUCCUCCAUGCCCACCCCACGUCGCCCCUUCACGCGUCUCCAAGGCUCCCGCUGCUUCCGCCUGCGCCUCACCCCUCCUCCCGUCGACUCCUUCUGGUCUGUCACCAUUUACAACGCAUCCAACCUCAACCUUUUGGAAGGAGUCAGCAAGUUCGGCGUGGGCGACCGCACUCCAGGCCUUUUGGUCCCUCACUUGACCUCCCCCACCCUCCUCCGCCCCUCCCAUUCCGCUUUCCACGCCUAA